GUUUAAUGGACAGUUUUAAUUCGGGGCCACCGUACGUAAAGCCUUAUAUUUCAGGAUUCAAGGAACGUGACGAGUGACUGCAAAUGUAAAUCGGUUUGCUCAUGAAUCCGGCAAGAGUCCCCAUUCCUUUCAUUUCAGCUUUCCUUGAGCUCCCGACCCUUAAAUAAGCUGUACACACUAAUGUAUUUGCUGUAAAGGGCAACUGAUUUAUUUUCGGAAACGGUGUUUCUCAAAAUUAGACCGUUUAAAUAAUCUGUGUCUCUUCACAAUAUUAACAGCUCAAUUCUUUAAAUCCCGUCUACUUUCGUAAAUGACUCCCUCGCUUCAUGAAACGACUGUAGAUAGCUUUGUGGUGCAGUUUCACACCUCCCUGAUGAUGCGAUUGGCCUCAGAAAGCUGGAGAGCAGCCAAUCUCAUGUCAUAUCAGCUCAAUGUAAUUGAUAGUACUAAGCGUGAAACUGACUGGGAGCGGGUUGCACGAGUUACUUAAGAGUUGAAAUUAGAAACUUUGAAAACAUUUCCCAAAGUCUUCAAAAGCUGGAUUCCCGAUGCUAUCGCCGUCUGUUUGAAAAGAAAAUGCAAUGGAAGUGAUUUCAUAGGGCAGGAAAUUAAAGAAACGAGCGCAUUUCUGGACAAGAUGACCAAGUUACAGGUGUUGGAAAUAUACGUACUAUGGAUUGUAAAUGGUGUUACCUCACAAUCAGUGUGUGCUGGCACAGAAAAUAAGUUGAGUUCAUUAUCUGGCCUCGAGCAGCAGUACCAGCAACUGCAGAAGAUGUACACAAACUGCGAGAUUGUGAUGGGCAACUUGGAGAUCACAAACAUCAAUGCUAACCGCAACCUCACGUUCCUGAGGUCGAUCCGGGAGGUGACAGGAUACGUUCUGGUGGCCCUCAAUCAGUUUGAGUAUCUUCCUUUAGAAAACCUACGAAUUAUACGUGGCACAACACUGUACGAUGACAAGUACGCACUCUCAGUCAUUCUCAAUUAUCGGAAGGACGGAGUUCAUGGGUUGAAACAACUUGGAUUUAAACAGCUAACAGAGAUUCUGCUAGGAGGUGUGUAUUUGGAAAGCAACAAUUUCCUGUGUUACACACAGGCCAUCAACUGGACUGACAUUCUUCAUAAUCCAAAGGAGAGACUGGACUUCAAUGAGACAAAGGACUUCAUAAAAGGCUGUGCCAAGUGUCAUGCAUCUUGUAACGAACAUUGCUGGGGCCCUGGUGAGGAUGACUGUCAGACCUUGACUAAAUCAGUGUGUGCUCCUCAGUGCAAUGGCCGAUGCUUUGGACAACACAACCCCAGUGAGUGUUGCCACAGUGAAUGUGCCGGUGGAUGUUCAGGACCAAAAGAUACUGACUGUUUCGCAUGCAGGCGGUUUAAUGACAGUAAUGCCUGUGUCCCAGUCUGUCCACAACCAUUAAUUUACAACAAGCAAUCCUAUCAGCUGGAGCGCAACCCAGAUACCAAGUAUAUGUAUGGAGCUUUCUGUGUGAAGAGCUGCCCUGCAAACUUUAUUGUUGACCAAAGUUCUUGCGUCCGGGCUUGUCCAAGUGACAAGAUGGAGGUUGAGAAAAACGGCGUGAAAAUGUGUGAGCCAUGUGAUGGUCUUUGUCCGAAAGCUUGUGCCGGGACUGGAGCUGGGAGUCGAUAUCAGACAGUGGAUUCAAACAACAUCGAUCAGUUUAUCAACUGCACGAAGAUCACAGGAAAUCUUGACUUUCUCAUCACUGGUAUCAAUGGCGAUUUGUAUCACAAAAUUGCACCUCUUGAUCCAGAAAAACUGAAGGUAUUUCGAACUGUUCAAGAGAUAACAGGUUACUUGAAUAUUCAAUCCUGGCCACAAAACAUGACGGAUUUCAGUGUCUUUUCCAAUCUAACUACUAUCGGAGGCAGGACACUUUACAACCGUGGCUUGUCUCUGAUGAUCAUGAAGUUGAAGCAAGUGACGUCUCUUGGGUUUCAGUCAUUAAAAGAGAUUGGUGAUGGACAGGUGUAUGUGGCUUACAAUGAACUACUCUGCUACUAUCACACAUUGAACUGGACAGCACUGUACAGUCGGAGGACAUGGAUCCCUAAACCCAUCAUCAAGGAAAACAACCUAGAAGCAACCUGCAAUGCUGAGAAUAAGGUGUGUGAUCCUUUAUGUUCCAGUGAUGGGUGUUGGGGGCCAGGUCCCAGCCAGUGUCUAUCCUGUGCCUUCCAUAGUCGUGGUGGCACCUGUGUGAAAAGCUGUAAUUUCCAGGAAGGAGAUCAGCGAGAGUAUGCUGAUGGCUCCAUGUGUGUGCAAUGUCACCCGGAAUGUAAGAAGAUCGAGAGAGGCCCAACCUGCAAUGGGACGGGACCUGCUCACUGCUUUCAGUGUGCUCAUUACAAAGAUGGACCCAACUGCGUGGCAAAGUGUCCAGAAGGAAUCCAAGGAGAGAGGGGUCUCAUCUUCAAAUACCCAGACGAGAACAAAGAAUGCAAACCUUGCCAUGAGAACUGUACCCAAGGGUGUAAGGGUCCUACUGUGCUGGACUGUUCUCGCUAUCCUUGGAUGGCUCCCAUCAAAGCAUUACACAAUAGACAAAUCCCUCAGAUUGUGGCAGCAGUGGUCGGAGGGCUGAUGGCCGUGAUGCUUGUGGUGCUGCUGGGCCUCAUUUACUGGAGAAGGCAGAUCAUUCGGAAGAAGAGAGCAAUGCGUCGAUACCUGGAGAAGGAGAUGCUUGAGCCCCUUGAUCCCAACGCUGACUCGCCCAAUCAAGUAAACACACGAAUUCUGAAGGAGACAGAAUUGCGGAAAGUCAAGGUGCUGGGAUCUGGAGUAUUUGGAACAGUGUACAAGGGGCUCUGGAUUCCUGAGGGAGAGACUGUGAAGAUUCCAGUGGCCAUCAAGGUCCUGCAGGAAGGGCGUGACUGUGAGACUUCAAGAGGCGUGAGUGAAGACAUGCUGAUGGUGGGCAGUCUGGAUCAUCACCAUGUCUUACGGCUCCUCGGAAUCUGCCCUGGGGAACCACUCCAGGUAGUCACACAGCUCCUGCCACUUGGCUCUCUGCUUGAAUACCUCCACAAAAACAAGGGUAACAUCCAAUCUCAUCUGCUUCUCAACUGGUGUGUUCAGAUUGCCAAGGGUAUGAGAUACCUGGAGGAGAAGAAGAUGGUACAUCGGAAUUUGGCUGCCAGAAAUGUAUUGGUAAAAUCCCCCAGCCAUGUUCAAAUCACAGACUUUGGCAUCACCAACCUCUUGGCAUUAGAUGAGAAAAAGUAUUUCUUCGAUGAAGUGAAGAUGCCCAUUAAAUGGAUGGCACUAGAGAGCAUUCACUUUAGAAGAUACACCCACCAAAGUGAUGUGUGGAGUUACGGCGUCACUGUUUGGGAGUUGAUGACAUUUGGUAAUAAACCAUAUGAAGGAAUUGCUGUUCGUGAAAUCCCUGGUCUCUUGGAGAAAGGUGAACGCCUGCCGCAGCCUCAGAUCUGUACCGUUGAUGUGUAUAUGGUCAUGGUGAAAUGCUGGAUGAUCGAUGAGGACAGUCGCCCAACAUUCAAAGAGCUUGGUGCAGAAUUUUCCCGGAUGGCUCGCGAUCCGGCUAGAUACUUAGUUAUUGAGGGUGAUGACCGGGCCAGCAAUACACACGUUGGUGAUCAAAGAAUUCUGCGUGAAUACGAGGAAGACCUCAUGGAUUAUGAUGACCUUGAUGAAGAUUUGAUGGCAACCAUGAUGGAUAACCCAACAUCUGCAGGAUUCAGAUUGAGAAUUGAAUCCAGCAGGAGUAACAGUUUGCCAGCAGGGUACAUGCCGAUGAAUGGGAUUGGUCCAAAUGGCUCUCGACAGGCUGGGAUGAGGAAUGGAGAUCUGGGGUCAAAGCGCUCCCUAAGGAUACGGAAUGAGUCUACAACUCGAACUAUCUCAGAGUCCUCAGAAGGACGAGGUACGGCAUCUUCACUUGAUCUAUAUGAAGACAUAUCUUUGAACGGAACACUCCAGCUCCGAGGCCACCGCUCAAGGGACAGUAGUGCACGUUUCUCCAAUGGCACAAACAUAAUAAUUUCCCCUUCUGAUGAAGCAGAGGUGGACAUUAAUGGUUAUGUGAUGCCAGAACAAAGAAACUCUACGGCUGAGAGUCUGAUGAAACCUGCCAAUGAAGUCGAUCCCUUGUUUAAUAAAGUCAGCGAUGUGAAUAAUACCCAGUCACUUGAGAGUCAAAAAGAAUCUGACUCGAAACCAAGUGAUCAUCAGGAAUAUGAGUACAUGAACAAACGGGCCUACCUCAACAGCUGUGUGAGUGUCGUGCAGAACCCUGAAUAUCUGGAUGACAGUACUGUCUUUGUUACUGAGGGUGACAUUCAUGCCUUUGAUAAUCCAGACUACUGGCACAGCAGUCUCCCAGCAAAGUCAGAAAUAAGGAGGACAUAAAGAACCAGCUUCAGGAUCCUAUUUAGGGAGCUACAUUACAGCAAGCAAAAUAAGUUGAUUUCUGAACUUUGAAAUGUAGGUUGUGGGGGAGUGGGAACAGAAAAGAGAAUACUAAAUCCGAGAUCUCUGAAUCAGAAGUGUUUACAUUGUAACUAAAGAGAAAGACUGUUUUACUUAUUUUCCUUGUGUGUAAUGCUAUCCAGUUUGGAUCCUUGUAUGAUGUACAGUGAUGCUGAACCAUACACCUACCAUUAUGUCAGUUUUUUCUCUCUUUCUCUCACAUGCACUAGUGAAUGUCCAGGAAUAAUGUUGCUGUGUUUUAGUCAUGGGAUGAGAGAGCUGUGUUUAAACCGGAUACUUGCCAAAUAUGUAAAUGUUCAAUGCAUCUUGUUGCAUGUCUUCAUGGAACAUGGAGUAAACUCACCAAACAGCCCCUUUAGUUACAGGAACUUCCUAUCUCUUGCCAUUGAUGUGCAGUGGAGGGAAGGGAUGCUUUUGUGCCUUGUCCGUUUAGUCAAAAUUCUUUUGUGCUGUUGAUCCAUAACAAAAUGCAGAAGACCACUCCAGAUUUCUCCAGUGGAAGAGCUCCAGUUCUCGCUGUUUGUCUAGUCAUGGUGCUGUAGCCUGCAGUUCAAAGAGUUUUUGCAACUAAACAAUAUGGGACUUUGGCGAGGAGGCUGACCAAGCAAAGUAGAAUGGCAUUGAACCACAGAUUCCAAUGGUAUAUUGUUCAUUAUUCCACUGAAGAACCACCACUGAUCACUAUGUUAAUAUAUGACAGCAUUAUUGGAGCAGAAAAGAUAUUAUCGAUUCCAACAGCAUAUUCAAGUGAAUGGAAAGAAGUAUAAUUUCCUCCCCAUCACAAGAUUUGCCCUCUUGUGGGAAAAAUGAAGAUUGUGAGGCUCAAACUGGAAAAAAAAAACUCUGCAAGACCCAUUAAGUGAAGCCAUUGACUGGCCUGUGCUGAGCUACAACAAUUUGGCUUUCUUUUUCAAGAAAGCCACAGGGUUGUGAUUAGAUGUUAAUGCUUGGGAAUCUGCCACCAAUUUUAUUUUUCUGGAAUUAUUUUUUCAAAUGUUUGUUAUGUUUUAAAGUGCUCAGAUCUGAAAUGGAUUUUUUUCUCCAUGUUUUUUGAUUAUCACUCCAAGGCAGAGGCCUUAUAUGCAGUUUGAGAAGGUAGGGGACAUUAGGGAUAAUUCUGUAAUUUGGAGGGAGAAUGUAAAAUAUGUUGAAAAUUAUGCUGAAGGGCAAGGUGGAAACAGACCUUUCCUUCUCAAUUCCACCCUCAACCUAACGGCUGUAAUCAAAUUAUCAGUCAGGAAGGGAAGGUUUGAUUAUAUUCUUAGUGGAGCAGCAUGGUCUUUCAGUUAGCCAUACAUGUUAUGACAAGAAACUGGGAGCAUAUCACGUUUUCAAGGAAGUUUCAGAAUGACUUCAUAAUUAAAAUAAUCACAUUUUUAACAUUUCAAAUUUAAAGGCAGUAAAAGUGAAUGGAGAUGUGGGCUCAGACUGAUUUUCGAUGCUGUGGAACAAACUGGUCCCUUUGCCAAAUUUGGUAAGAAUUUUGGUGGUUUCACUAUUGAGCCAAGAAUUAGCCUUAGACUGGCUACAAAACAAAACUCUAGGAUUAAAGGGUCAUUUAGAUAGUACUGUAUGUCAUAUCAUUCUGUCAUGAGAAAUCCAAAUCUGGAUCUUUAACAGCUCAUUUUGUUCUCAAGAUUUUAAGAGGUGUUUUUGAUGAAUGUGAUUCUACAGUUCUUGUUGAAUUCCAUAAUUGUUUAAUAAGUAAUAAGAAAUCUUAUUUGUUCCUCAAAUGUAUAGUAUCCUCCAUUUGAGCAGUGUGUUUCUGAGCACCUAUUAGUUAAGUCAUUAUUAUAUGGAGUGGCUUCACUGCUUUUAACUACUCCCCAACCAAACAUCCUCUAUGAUUGUAUCUGAUUAUCAUACACAGUAGCGAGAGAAAUUCUACAUUUUUGUGUGUAUAUAAAUGUAAAGCUGGGAUACUUGAAGAUAACGAUGUGUGAUCAGUGUUUUAAAGAGUAACCCUGAUAGGGACUACAGAUCACAAGCCAUUGAUCUCGGAACCUGUUAUGAAUAUUUGUAGAUUUUCAUGAAUUAAGUUCUAUACUGUAUGUUCUUUACUUGCCUUUAACAAGUAAAGCAGCAGUGACAAGUAUACGAGCCAAUUUGUCUCAGACUCCUUUGGGUGUUAUUUGAAAGGGAAAGACUACAACCAAUUCAUUGGUCUGGUCUGAUCAGUUGCAAUUUUUAAAUUUAGCACCUAUCAAGAUGUCUUACAUAAUCAAAUUUUAUAUCUAUUUUCCCUUUCAUUCAAGUUGUGGUGUGCAACAACACAAAAAUGACCAUUCUUCAUGUGUGAGAAAAGGUCUGAUUAUUGAAGGAUAAUUCUACACAGAUCACACUAAUCCCAUCCUCACCUAGAGUGUCUUCCUUGUGCAGGUACCAGCAAGGCAUUGUUGGGGAGGGAUCACUGGAUUGCAAUAAGCGGCGAGAAACUUGCACGUUUUUUAUCCACUAUCUAGCCCAGAGAUCAGCUAAUUUGGUACUUUUUCUCUUGUGGACUGCAUUGACAAUGUACCAACAGAAGGUGCCUUUUUCCACCAAACUGUUGAGGGAGCUAAAUGAUUUUGUGUUCAUCUUUUCUCCUCCCUAUUCUGUCCUGACAGUGCUGACUGUUGAUUAGGAGACAGCUUCACCAAGAGCUUGCAACUUUCAGCACUUUGUUCAAAUGUCCCUCCUUGUGUGAUGUUGAUAAUAAGUGGGCACAAGAAGAAAUCAACCAGACUUUCCAUUCCUAAUCACUAUCUAGUGCCUUCUACUGGAAAGUGUGUGUGCGUGUGUUAAUUCCAGAUACGAACAAAACUAAGGUCAGCUUUAAUUACUUGUACUAUCUGGACUCUCAAAAGGAAAAAUAGCUGCUCGAGUCUAAUACUGAAGGGUAGAUCCUAGGACUGAGGACUGCCUUCAGGGAAGGAGGGGACAAAAUGGUGAUGGGCAAGAGAUUUUUCCAAAAAAGAAUGCCUUUGCUGCUCACAGUUUGUAACAUGUUUGAAAGGGAUGUUUCACGUCAAAUUAACUCUGUGAUUACUUAAAAUCCACUAUGCCUUGAAGUACAUAAACCUGUUCCAAUACAGUACCUACAGGACUGAUUUAUUUUCAUUUUCUGAGACAACAAUGCUUAAUAUAUUAAGCAAAUUGUAAUGAAGAACAGCAGUCAAAUAAACUUUUUAAUUAAUAGUCUAUUUUUAAAAGAUCUACCAACAUUGAAGUGAUUGUUUUUCAGAGUAUGAGUUUGUGACCGAUGAGUAGCUGAAUUUUAAAUUCAAAACUGACUGUAGUAUGAAAUGGGGGAGACAGUUAGAUUAUUUCUUCCUUGUUAAUAUUCAUAAGGAUAAUUUCUUAAUUUGUGUGCUUACUGCUGUUUUUAUACAAUUUUAAGGGACUGGUUGAUAACGUGAGUGUUCCGUCCUUUUGUGA